AUGGAAUUAGAAGAAGAAACUAUCUUUACUGUUAUGGAUCUUUGUAAAUUUGGAGUUAAACAAGAAAUACAAGCACAGUAUGGAUAUGGUGAACGUGUCAGGAAAGAAAGAUCUCAGAUUUCAUUCCACUGCAAAUAUCCAAAAUGUCCUGCACAUUUUAAUGUUGCAAUCUUGGAUCAAAAUAAAUACAAACUAAUCAAAAUAGUUGAAGAACAUGAUCAUUCCGCCCCAAAUGACAAAAGUCAAUAUUCGUCUGUCUUUUAUCGCAAAUAUUUAGAACAUUACUUCCAAACAGAUGACAAUCAAAGAGCGAUAGCACAGCUAAAUGCAUUCAAAGAUCUUGAAAUUCCUCUUACAGGUCCGUCCAUUCCAGAGAUGUACGCUCAAAAACCACGUGCAAUCAAACGAUUUGCAGAGAGAAUACAUGCUCUUCAAACUAGAUAUUCUCCUGACGAUGUUGUGUCAUUGCAAAUCUUUGUUCAGACAGUACAAGAAGAAUCUCCAGAUGA